AUUAAAAUUGACGUCACAUUUUAGAGGAAAAAAUAUACAAACUUAUAUUUUAAUUUCUAUUGCAUUUGAAUGGAUUUUCUUCCAUUAUCAACCAGUAAAUCUUGUACUACGCCUUUCACUGAACCAGGCGUAAUAAAUAAAGAUUGUGCCAUGAGUAAUAUAAAAGAGUCUAAAUCAAUUAGUGAUAAAGAUGAAAAAUUUAUAAAAAAUGUUUUGCAAAACCAAUACGCUGUACAAUACACAGGAGGAGAUUCAUUGAUAAACAAAUAUCCUGAAACUGCUCCUUUUCCAUACCCAAGCACUAAAUUGAGAGCAGAAGCACCACCCUUUAUGCCUGAAGGCAUUAUUAUCUCUUUAGAAAAUAUACCUCACGUUACUUUGGACAUGACACCUGUCAGUGAAGAAUGCUUUUUUAACAUCAAUUUACCCCAAGACCCUAUCAAUCAAAUGAUUGAAGAUAACAAUGGUUUUAAGGACAUAAAAGAACGAGAAUUACAAUCAUUUGGACCUGAUCUAAAUGAAGCUACUGAAAACGAUUCACUAAAAGUUAAUAUUUCGAUUGAGAAAGACAUGAACGAAGUUGCUGUGGAGGCAUCUCCUUCCACAGUAGUAAGAGAAGAAAUAGCUACCCAAUAUCCUUCACGGCCUUCAAUAUUUUUAAGAAGGUUCACACUUGAAAGCAGAACCCAAAUUGCAGUCCUAGUAACUAGCAUUGUUGUCUCAAUGGUGUUGAUAAUAUAUGUGUUUGUUUAAUUAUUUUUAAUCACAAAUCUGUGCAUAAAAGUUUUCUCAUAAAUGGAAAAAGUUCUUAUUGAGCUACCAA